AUGCUGCCAUCCACAGAGGUCCUCCGGCGAUGGCGUGUAUCUUGUAUCUUCAGAUGCAGCAUGGCCUGCAACAACAGCGCCAACGUGCCAUGCAAAAUUGAUGGCUGCGUUGGAUGGUUGGUGGGGCUUAAGUGGCUGCUUUAUGGCCAACAACCGAACAGGAGCAGGACAUUCAGGACGACGAGGACAUGGGACUUGUUAUGA